AUGUUCACCUAUAAAAAAAUCACGCUGUACAAAAUCUCGGGGUGUUCUGUGUGCGACCAGGCCCUCGAGUAUCUGCGGAAGAGGGAUGUGUCGCCCGUGGUCUACCUCGUCUGCAAUGACACGCCCGACAUGAAAGAGUUGGUUGAGACGACGAGGUGCUCGACUUUUCCCCAGAUCUUCGUCGACUCUGUGUUCAUCGGUGGUUUCAGUGACCUGAAGAAGACGACCAUCCAUCUUCCGACAGAAUUCAGGAGAAAGGAGGUGGAGGGCGAAAUCGUCGAGCCGAUGUGUGUCGAGGAGGAGGACUUCGAUCGGUUCAUUCUCUUCAACGGCAAGACCGAGCACGAGUACGCCGACGUCUUCCAACUGUACAAGAAGCAGACCGCUCUGUUCUGGGUCGUGGAGGAGAUCGACAUGUCCGGAGACUCGAAAGACUGGGAUGAUGCUUCGAGCGACGAGAAGCACUUUUUGAAACUGGUGUUGGCGUUCUUCGCGUCGCUCGACCAGAUCGUCAUGGAGAACAUCGGUCUCAACUUCAAGAACGAGAUUGUGAUUCCGCAGAUCAGACAGCAUUUUGCUAUCCAGGAGGCCACGGAAGCGGUUCACGGCGAAUCGUACUCUCUACUAAUUCAGACCUACUUCAGGGACACGGAAGAGCAGAGACACGUGAUGCGAUCCAUCCAGACGAUGCCAAUCAUCGAAAAGAAGGCGCUUUGGGCAGAGAAGUGGAUGAACCCCGAGACCGCUUCACUCGCGGAGAGGCUGGUCGGCUUCACCUGUCUGGAGGGCGUUCAGUUCAGCGGGUCGUUCUGCGCCAUCUACUGGCUGAAGAAGCGGCAGAAGUUCAAGGGCUUGUCGUUCGCCAACUCUCUCAUCGCCAGAGACGAAGGGCUUCACGCCACAGCUUCCGUUCUCAUCUACAAGCACCUCAGGAACAAGCUUCCACAGGAGCGAGUUCAUGAAAUCUUUGAGCACGCUGUCAGCGUCGAGUGCGAGUUCAUAUCGUCGGCGCUUCCCGUCGCUCUCAUCGGCAUCAGCGAGAAGAGCAUGACGGAGUACAUCAAGUUUGUGGCGGACUACUGGCUGAAUCAGCUGGGGUAUGACAAGGUGUACAACUGCGCCAACCCGUUCGAGUGGAUGGACAUGAUUUCUCUCCAGGGAAAGACCAACUUUUUUGAGAAUAGAGUGGCCGAGUACAGCAAGCCCGGGGUUUUGCUCGACCGUGAGAAGCAGCAGUUUUGUACGGAUGCGGACUUUUGA